GUUGCACUAAAAAAACCCGAUGCUCACCCCUUUCCUCUACCGUCUGCAACCCCCCUCCUCAAUCCUCGUCAUUAUCCCCUGCUCGACACUCUCUCCCUUCACUGCUCGAGCUUCAGGAUUCGGCAUUAAUGGCGUCCUCCGCUCUUUCCUCUCCUCUCCCACCCUCUUUCCACUCUCCUACACCACAUCCCUACCCCUUUCCCUCCUCUCUUUCUCUCCUACCUUCUCCCCUACUACGCCUCGCUCAUCGCACCUCGCUCACCACCGUCUCUUUCUCCGGUUCUCGGCAGGAAUACGCGAGCGAGGAGGCGAAGAAGAAGAUACUCGAAAGCUACGGCCUCGAUCCAUCUGAUUUCAUAGAUGAGCAAUCGCCUAGGUUGAGGAGGAGGAAGAAGGGAGAGGAAGCAGGUAAAGAAGGGAAAGGGAGGCAAAAGCCGGUGCUCACUGAAGCGCCGAAGUCGCCUCGUACCACUCAUAGAUUGCUUCAGGUGCUUGGGGGAAAAGCUCGUAGAAGGAAAUUGCUUUCUCCAAAAGGAAUGGAUGUCCGACCAAUGAUGGAAGUUGUAAGAGGAGCAGCAUUUGACAUUUUACAGGUGGCUAGUGGUUGUCCUGCUUCGUUGAGGCCAGGUCGCUGGCUAGACCUAUAUAGCGGCACCGGAUCUGUUGGCAUUGAAGCUAUCAGUCGAGGAUGUUCAGAGGCACACUUUGUUGAGAUGGAUCCUUGGAUUGUGUCUGAGGUUCUACGGCCAAAUUUAGAAUGGACUGGAUUCCUUGAUGCUUCAGUUAUCCAUAUGAAUCGUGUAGAGAAUUUCUUGGAACAUGUUCAACAGUCUAGAGUUAAAAGUAGGUCAUUUGAUUACAUUAGUGUGACACCGCCAUAUACUGCAGUCGAUUACAGCAUACUAAUGGAUCAGCUUGCCAAAUCUCCUUUGGUAGGAGAAGACUGCUUUAUUCUUGUCGAGUACCCACUAAAAACUUCAAUGGCUGACACUUGUGGACACCUAGUAAAGAUUGCUGAUCGGCGGUUUGGUAGGACUAACUUGCUAAUCUACGGACCAGCUUGGGCAGAGAAGAAGAAGAAAUCAGGAAAGACCUUGCUAACUUUGGAGUAAACUCCGUAUUAAAAAAUAAUUAUUUACAAAGAUUAUACUUAAUUGUGAAGCAUGUUAGUUCCUUGGAAAAAUAUCACGUCAGCAAUGCUUGCUAUUGAAGGUUCAGAGUAGCACAAUCUUUAAAGCUGCCGAUAUUAUCAUCUAGCGGGAGCAUGCACGGAUCAGUUUCUGAAGACGAACACAGUAUACAUGGAGUUGCUCAGUUGCAUUUGAAGUUAAAAUCUCCUGCUGUUCUAUUCGUCUUUCUACAAGGGCAUAUUACAUCUCUCUUCGUCUCUCUCUAGUUUUGAAUCUCCGGCCGUUGGAUUAGUAUUUCUGCAAGGUAUAUUACAUCUCUCGCCCGCGUGCGCGCUUGCUGGUGAAAUUUUCCUUUCACUUAGUAAUGCAGCUUCCUUUGGGCAAGUCAAGGUUGGUGUAAUGUAUUUAACGUACUUCCUGAUGAUGGAAAUAGUGGUCGAUUAUUAGGCGGAGGUAAUGAUGUGAAACGGAAAUGUUAGUAGAAACUCUAAUUUAAAUAUUUUGAUUUUAAGGUCUAGUAGC